AUGCCAAUCAAUUUUUCCUCAAACCUUUCACACCUUAAUAAAAACUUACUACGAGUAGACCUAUCAAAAAGAUAUGGAAACUUAGUAAAUGGAAUUUCUGACAUCAAACAUCACCGAUGGUUUAUCAAAAUAGAUUGGAUAAUACUCUACAAUAAGAAAUUGGUGCCACCAUACAUACCAACUUUUACUAGUCCAUCAGAUACACAUAACUUCGAAUCAUUUGUCGAAGAAGAUGCCUCUAUUGUAUGUAAUGGGGUUGACCAAACUUAUUUCGCCGAUUUUUAA